CUCUCUGUUUACUGACCACAAAUGACUUAUUCAGUUUUGACAGUGAGGAUGUCACCAAUGUGAAAGCAGAGAUACUUUAUGAUACUUUGUCUGUGAAGAUUCUGUUAAAACUGUGGGAGGUGUUUGCCUUUGUGGUUUAAGUGUCUGAUGUUUACUGUAUUGACCCAUCCCACGUGACGUCACGACAAACGCGGCCGCCAUUUUGGACAUGAACUACCAGUAGUCUACCACAGCCAACAACGAGGAAUGACGGCGAAGCAUCGAAAGGAAUAUAGCCAUCAAAGAAAGUUUUUACUUUCAGCAAGACUUCCAUCAUGCCAUUAUAUUGUUGUGCACCUGGAUGUAGUAACCAUCAACACACAAGGCAAGAUUUAUCAUUUUAUCGGAUCCCGACAGAUGCUGACCGACGGAGAAGAUGGAUAGCGGCCAUCAACAGGAAAGAUUGGCAGCCCUUGGUAUACCAACGCUUGUGUAGUGACCACUUUGUUGGAGGUUUACCGUCCAAACAAGAUCACAUGGGAUUACCUUUCACAGGACAAAAGCUGAAUGUGGGUUUUAGAACCAGGGCAACCCUCAACCGGCUCCUAGAGGCUGGAGAUGUCACUCCACAGCAGGCGGAGAGAUUCCACCAGGCUGUCUUGGCAUUUUUGACAGGGGCAGUUGAAUAUGCCAUGGCAAAACUGCCCCUUAAAGAGAGUCUCCUGAAACACGCCAGGUUUGUGGAUGUGCAGCAGAGGGCAGACUGUGAAGUCAAUGAUGCUGCAUACUUUGUGGAUCGGUUCACCAAACUGCUUCCAUAUCAUGAACCCCAAGACCAAGACCAACUUACAGAGGAGUUUCAGGACUACCAGUUAAUGGAGGUCCCAAUGUCUGAACACCAAACGGAAUUUGACGUUGAGGCUUUCUGGGAAGGCAUGAGUUCACUUAAGAAUAGGUUUCUCUUUUUCUCUCUCUGGACGUUGCUGUCGUCUCUCCUUUAGACUGGCCUGCGGUGGAAAACUAACCAUUACUACACGCUGACACUGGAGACUCCUUCCAUUAUAUCCUUCUGUGAUACAUUCUUCUUUGCUAAAUAACAAAUGCUCAACAAAUGCAUUUUUUGAAAGACGCAAACCACCAUAAACCUGUCAGCAUGGAUGUUUGUCUGUGCAUUAUAAGAUUUUGUGUGUUUUAAAGGCAGCAGCAGUGAACUGGUUGAAUGCGAUGACAAAAGCGUGUGAUGCGUACCCAUCCAGGCUGAUUAAGGACUAUGCGUACGAGCAUGCUGUGGAUUUUCUGCAAUGCA